AUGGCCAAGCAGCUGCUGGUGGCCUAUGGCCUGUGGGCUCUUGGAGGGCCACUGGGCCUGCACCACCUCUACCUGGGCCGGGACAGCCACGCACUGCUCUGGAUGCUCACACUGGGCGGCUUCGGCGCCGGGUGGCUCUGGGAUGCGUGGCACCUGCCGAGCUGGGUGGCGACGGCCAACGGGGCUCCCGUGGCCCGCACUGGGCCGGUACCGGCGCUCAGCACCCUGCGCCUGGCUGGCCAGGUGUUGGUGGGGGUGUACUUCGGGCUAGCGGCAGCGCUGGGGCUGCCGGGGGUUCCGGCCGUGCUGGCGCAGCCCCUGGCCGUGGGGCUCGGGGUGCAGCUGGUGGCCUCUGUGGGGGACCAGACAUCGGACGCGCCCCGCACGGUGGCCGCAGCCUUCGCCGCCUCUUUCCUGUUCCAGGGCCGGGUGCUGGGGCCGCUGCCCAUCAGCGUGGCCGCUGCCAUCGCCGCCCAGCGGCACCGGCGCUACCGGCCCCGUGGGGCUCCGCGGCCCCGGCUGCGAGCCCGGCUCUACCGCCUGGUGCUGGCACUCGUGGCCUUCGCAGCGCCGCUCGCCUGCCGCGGGCUCAGCGGGGCGCUGGCGCUGGCCCGGGCGGUCACCGAGCUCCUGCUCCUGCCCCUGCGCACCGGGCAGCUCCUGGCCGAGGUCCUGGGCUUCGGGGGCAGCUCCCGGGGAUGCGGCACCGGCGUCGAAGGGAGCGAGCGGCAGCGGAGGGCGUUUGAGGUCCUGGGUCUCCCACCCGGCUCCUCCAUAGAGGCCGUGCACCAGAGCUACCGGGAGCUGGUGAAGCUUUGGCACCCGGACCACAACCGGCACCGUGCCCAGGAGGCCGAGCGGCGCUUCAUCGAGCUGCUGGAGGCCUACGAGGAGCUGGCGGGGCCCCGGAGAGCCCCGGGCUGA